AUGAAAAAUACGAGUUGCAGUCAUAUUGUUGUUGGUAGUAUCUCUGCUAUACCUCUUAUACCUCCUACACCUUCUACACCUCCUAUACCUGUUAUACCUCCUAUACCUCCUAUAUCUCCUAUACCUCCUAUACCUCCUGUACCUCUUAUACGUCCUAUACCUCUUAUACCUCCUAUACCUCCUAUACCUCCUAUACUUCUUAUACCUCCUAUACCUCCUAUACCUCCUAUACCUCUUAUACCGCCUAUACCUCCUAUACCUCCUAUACCUCUAUACCUCCUAUACCUAUAUAUCUAUCUACCUCUUACCCAUAGGACAUAA